AUGGCCACGAUCAACAAGCCCACCAGCCCCAUCCCGGUCCCCAAGAUGACCGCCGAAGCCCUCCUGUCCGCCUCCGCAAAAGACACCGAAUCCCUCACCGAAAUCCACUCGCUCCUCAACAACCUCUUUGCCCGCAACCGCAACCAGCACCGCCGAAACCACUGGUUCAAGUCCCUGCAGCAAUUCCGCAAGCAGCUCGGCCUGCUGCUGCAGGACCUCGAAAACGCGUCCGGCACCAAGAAGAAGAAGAAAGCGGCGGAAGAGCGGAUUGCUUCCAGGUUGCAGUAUUGGGAUGAACAUUGUAUUCAUCAAUGGUACCUGCACUUCACCCAGCUGGUGGCGGUAGGCCCGUUUGCGAUGCUGGGACUUGUGCUCAUGGCUUGCACGGCCAGAACGUGCCGAAUUACGGGCAUUACGGCCCUGUAUGAAGAGAUUGGGUCGGCGGAUAUGAAGAUGGCGAUGGCGAUGGUGGAGGAAGGGGUGGUAGAGGAAGAACUGGGGAGCUUGCUGGGUGGAGGGGAGGAGGACGAGGGGGUGGUGGUUGAGCGAUGGGAGUAG